AAGCGUGUACAAUUGUUAUCUUUAAGUGAAAGUUUUUGUUUUCUUUAUUCAAUAAACAAGUUUUCAAUAAACAGAUGUUAGUGUUCUGUGAAAAUAGAGUUUAGUGAUAAAAAAUAGUAAUUCCUAAUACCGUAUGGAAUAUCAAAUAUUUUAAAAUCUAUAUUCCUCGAUAAAAACAAAUCUAAAGAUUUUUAUUUUUUUAAGCAAUGGAAUACUUCAUACAUUCAUGGAUUUAUUGGAAAAAACGAGGUGUUGUAGAAAUUCCCCCACGUCCUUUUUUUGGCAAUUUUUCAAUAAAAAUGUCUCCUGGAUAUUUGUUAAAAAAAUUUUACGAACAAAGUGAAAAUUCCCCGUAUGUUGGAAUUUAUAUUCUUCAUAAACCUUGUUUGAUUUUACGUGAUCCUGAAAUUAUAAAGCGAAUACUUGUUAAGGACUUUAAUAUUUUUUCCGAUAAAUUUAUGCGCUCGAGUGAGAAAGAAAAUUUUAGCAACUAUUGUAUUUUUUUAAUUAAAAAUCCUGACUGGAAAUACAUCAAAACAAGGCUAUCGAGUUUAUUUACAUCCAGCAAACUAAGAAACAUGUUUGAAUAUUUACAAGAUGUGAGAAAGGAUCUGGAUGAUUAUAUGGAUUCUAGAAUAGAAGGUUCUGAAAAAAGGAUAAACGUGAAGGAACUCUGUGCAAAAUUUACAAUAGACAUUGUUGGUCUAACGGUAUUAGGUUUAAAAUUAAAUUGUCUGAAAGAUCCAAAAUCUGAAUUCCAAAGAAUUGUGAGGAGGAAGAUGACUGGCGUUUCGGAUUGGAAACGAGCAAUGGAAGUUACUUCUAUAUCUUUGAUGCCACAAAUUACCAAUCUCUUUGAUUUUCGAUUUUUUGAAAAAGAUGGCAUCGAAUUUUUCAGAAAACCUUUUAAAGAAUCUUUAGAGGAACGAGAAAAAUCUAAAAUGCAAAGGAACGAUUUGAUUGAUUUGUUGAUCCAGCUUCGGGAGAGUUCUGAAAAUAACGGAGAAAGUGAAAUGAGAUUUAAUGAAGAUAACCUAUUGACUCAAGCAAUGAUAUUUUUCCUCGCUGGAUAUGAUUCCUCAGCAUUGACAAUGUCUUCGGCUUUAUACGAAUUAGCUAGAAAUCCGGCUAUUCAGGCAAAACUGAGAACAGAAAUUAAUAAUGCUAUCAAAAUUAAUAAUGGAGAAAUAACAUACAAUAUGGUAACAGAUCUUCAAUACCUGGACAUGGUGGUUUCAGAAAUAUUAAGAAUUUAUCCUGUUUUGCCAAUUAUUGACCGAAUAGCAACGAAAGAUUACAAAAUUGAAGAAACUGGACUCAUUAUAGAAAAAGGAACACCAAUUUUGAUACCAAUGCUUGGACUCCAUUACGAUUCAAAAUAUUUUGCAAACCCAAACAUUUUCGAUCCUGAACAUUUUUCGGAUUUUGAAAAAUCAAAGAGAAAUCCAUAUGCUUAUAUGCCUUUCGGAAUUGGUCCACGAAGUUGCAUCGGAAUGCGCCAAGGACUUUUGCAGGCUAAGCUUGGCUUAGCUCAAAUAAUUUCAAGAUUCGAAGUGACACUCUCAAAAGAUUCUUCAGCAGAUAUUGAUCCUAAAGGAUAUUUCACACUAUUUACGGAAGAUCUAUUUUUGAAUAUGAGAAAAUUUUGAUACUAAUUAGAAAUAAUAACGUUACUAAUUUAACUAAAUUUAUACUAAUGAACAUUAAAUCAUUCAUUGCAAUUAUUUUGUCCUGAGGAAAUUAUUAAUUACGCGACUAAACCUGAUGUGUUAUGAUAGAUUUGUUUUAUC